CUAUCAUACAUACGUUUGGUCCUCCGUUUGUUGUUGUCAGUUGUUGUUACACUAAAUCUGCCACAUGCACAUGGAAGAGCAACUCAUCAUCAUCUAGCGAAUAGGCUACUUCAGUAGUGUAUGUGUGUGUGUACACGUUCAUAUACACUUAAUUGGAUCCUCUUCAAUUCAAUUCAAUUGCCUUGUCGUAACUCCUAAGCAACAAUGAACACGAAUCACCAAAAGUGAAAACCAAACCAUUCAAUUCGUGUUCUUUUCGCAAACCCCAAAUACCAACUUCAUACAUAUACAUAUCUAUAUAUAUGUAGUGCACCAUAUCUUGAAAUUAAACAUCACCACCGUACCGUACCUUUUGUUUCUCACAAGGGAACCAAAGAAUAAAUUAAAAAAAAUAUAUAAUGGAAGGGCUUGAAAUGGGGUUGAUAUGGGAGCAAGCAAGGGCACCGUUGGUGGUUCCAAUGCUCAAGUUGGUGGUGGCAUUGUGCUUGAUCAUGUCGCUCAUGCUUUUUGUGGAGAGGCUGUAUAUGGGAAUAGUCAUAGUCUUUGUCAAGUUGUUUAAGACCCAGAAACGGUACAAAUGGGACCCUCUCAACCAUAAUUCUGAUAUUGAGCUUGCUAACUCUUCAUACCCUAUGGUUCUCGUCCAAAUCCCAAUGUACAAUGAGAAAGAGGUGUAUCAAUUGUCAAUUGGAGCUGCAUGUGGGCUAUCAUGGCCCUCCGAUAGAAUUAUUAUUCAAGUUCUUGAUGAUUCAACAGACCCUGUCAUUAAGAAUAUGGUGGAAGUGGAGUGCCAAAGAUGGGGAAGCAAAGGCAUAAACAUAAAGUAUGAGAUCAGGAAGAACAGGAAUGGCUACAAAGCAGGAGCACUCAAGGAAGGCAUGAAGCACACCUACGUCGCCCUCUGCGACUACGUCGCCAUUUUCGACGCCGAUUUCCAGCCUGACCCCGACUUCCUCUGCCGCACCAUCCCCUUCCUCGCUCACAACCCCGACGUUGCGCUCGUCCAAGCUCGCUGGCAAUUCGUUAAUGCUGAUGAAUGCUUAAUGACAAGGAUGCAAGAGAUGUCAUUGGAUUAUCAUUUCCUUGUAGAGCAAGAAGUUGGAUCCUCAACCCAUGCUUUCUUUGGAUUCAAUGGCACUGCUGGUGUUUGGAGGAUUUCAGCACUAAAUGAAGCUGGUGGAUGGAAGGACCGUACAACUGUGGAAGACAUGGAUCUAGCUGUAAGAGCUGGUCUCAAAGGAUGGAAAUUUGUUUAUCUUAGUCAAAUCAAGGUGAAAAAUGAAUUACCAAGUACUUUCAAAGCCUACCGUUAUCAGCAGCAUCGUUGGUCAUGUGGCCCAGCUAAUCUCUUCAAGAAAAUGGCAAUGGAAAUAAUAAGAAACAAGAAAGUGUCUCUGUGGAAGAAGUUUUACUUGAUUUAUAGUUUUUUCUUUGUCCGAAAGAUUGUUGCCCAUGUUGUCACAUUUGUAUUCUACUGCGUGGUUUUGCCAGCAACUGUUUUUGUUCCAGAAGUGCAAGUUCCCAAGUGGGGUGCUGUUUAUAUUCCUUCUAUCAUAACACUUCUCAAUGCUGUUGGAACUCCAAGGUCACUCCACUUAUUAGUAUUUUGGAUACUUUUUGAAAAUGUGAUGUCAAUGCAUAGGACCAAGGCAACAUUCAUCGGUUUGCUAGAGGCAGGAAGAGUGAAUGAAUGGGUAGUUACUGAGAAAUUAGGAGAUGCUCUUAAAAUGCAAUCAAGUGGUAAAGCACUUAAGAAACCUCGCAUCAGGAUUGCUGGAAGACUUCAUUUCUGGGAACUUCUUGUGGGGGCCUACCUCUUUUUCUGUGGAUGCUAUGAUCUCACGUUUGGGAAGAACCACUACUUCAUAUAUCUUUUCCUGCAAUCUAUUGCCUUCUUCAUUGUGGGGAUCGGCUAUGUUGGCAUCUUUGUUCCCAAUUCUUGAGAGGAAUUUUUUGCUUCAGAAUCACUACAACUGUACAAGUGUCUUCAUUGGACAACAUAUUCUCUGAAAGGAGGACAAAGAUGCAGAUUCUUCUUAUGUCAGCACAUAUUCAAUUUGUUUAGUAUCAUAUAUUCUUAUACAAAAAUGAAAAGUCAUUUGUCACAGUUUGAAUUGUUUCUAUGGAAUAGCAACGGAUUAUGGAACAAUAAAAACGACCAAAGUCUGUUUGUUAUCGCUAGAAAAAUGAAUAUAUUGAAAAUUUUGGAAUUUAAAAGUUUAAACAGUUUUUUGCGUUAAAAAUAAAUAAAUAAAUUUACAAAAUAGGCUGAUGCCAAAUAUUUAUGGAGGGAACCUUGUACGAUAUGAAUAAUUUUUUUUUUUUUUUGUAGUCAAGGUAGAGAUAUAGAUUGAAUGGCUUUUGGAGGGUCUGAUU